UCUCCAACAGGGCUCACUCUGCGCGUGAGGUGAAACCUAGCACAUUUCGGGAGACGAGCCGUUGCCCAGCCAGUUUGCGCAGCUCCUCAAUGAAAUGUCAGACUAGUUAGUGUCUCCUUUUGUUACAGACUUUAACAGAAAGAAAACAAGGAGCCCUGGGUCGCCGAUUCAGCAUGGAUUUGUCGACAUUUCAUCCCGUUUUCCUGAUUCUCGCCUUGUUAAAAGCUGCGGAGGCCCACGUGGAGCCGCCAACCAAUGUGACCUUUCACUGCCACAAUGUGCACAAUGUUCUGAAGUGGAGUUACAACCAGCUCUUGCCAGGGAUGAGAUUCAGAGUCGAUAUUCAGUCAACAAAUGGUUUAAAUGGUCAUCCCAAUGAGGUUUGGGUGGAACCACCAGCUCCGCUACAAGCUGACGUGUCGUUUCUCUCUGAUCCAAGUAAUGACUACUUCCUUACCGUCACUGCUGUGAUUGGACAGAAUGAGUCUGAUUCCGCCCCUGAGGAUGGAAUCACUUUCACCUAUUUCAAGGACUCUCCAGUGAAGAACAAAUGUUCUGUGGACUUCCCAUCAGUUAACGUCACCACCAAACAAGAUGACACCAUCCUGCUCCGCUUCACACAUCCCUGGCUGGUGUACUACAAAAGCCGCAGCUUAGAUACAAAACCUAGGAAGAAAAAACACUUUGAAAGUGAACAGCAGCUGCCUGUGUUCAGUUACGAUGUUGUUUUCCUCCAAGAGAAGGGGAGACACCACAGGAUGAGCUGUCUGGACAGUGUGUGUGAGGAGGAGCUUUCAGUGAAUGCUUCACAGAAGAAACACUGUCUGAGGGUCAAGGGAGAGGUGAAUAAGAUACUUGUUAAAGCCAAAGAUUACUGCACCACGCCAUUGGACGAAGGACCAAGCUAUGUCAUCUACGUCAGCAUCACAGUCACCCUGUUGAUGUUGUGCGCAGCUGCUGUUAUCGUCAUGUUGUACCGAAAAAAGACCACACCCUCAACUCCUUUACCAUCCACCAUGACGUUCACGAAUAAACUGAAGCAGUGGACGUUUGGAGUGGUUCAGGACACGGUCUCUUUGCCUCAGGUGGAGCCUACCACACCCACACUUCUACUGUUACCAGAGGAGAUCGACCCCACAACUGUUGUUACUCCCUCUAUGGAGCCUGAAGUCCGUCUGCCCAUUGGGCUGCCAACCGAGAAUGAAGGUGUGUCUGAUGACGUGGAGGUAGGGAAUGAUGAAGGACCUGGGUACAUGGCUGGCAGAGGAUUGGAAGAAGAGGAGGAGCUCUGUUCCAGGGAUUUCCCCUCUGGUUAUGAGAAACGCCCGGUGCUGGUUGAGUUAGCACCAGAUGAACUGGCUGAGGGCUACCGUGGCUGAACGUGGCACCUGUAAGGGUACAGGUGAACUUUGUGGCACAUUGAAUGUUUUACAUUAGGUCAAAUGACGCCCUGCAAUCACCUGUCAUUAAAUCUAAAAACUAUGAAUAUCUCCGCAGCGAUUUACAGUGUUCACAGAUGUCAGGUGGUUCAGUUUGUGCUGUUUCCUAGUCAGACCAUCCCAACGUCAAGUAAAAGGAGAAUCAGGUUUGUUCCUCUUGUUAGUGCACUUUGAUGUGAGUUACAUUUUCCUCUGUAUUUACAUUAAUAUGUCAAAGCAGCACGACAAGCUCAAAUAGCUAUAAGGAAUUACCAAAUCAGAUCAGUUCCCAGAAUGUUAAGCGUGUAGUAAUGCUAUCCUUAAAGCCCUUUUCCUUCUGGACGAAAAUACCCACCAACACCCUCUAACAUCUGGCUUCUGUCUUAGUGGGAGAGGUUACAAUCAGCAUUGAUUCCCAGGGCAAAUUACUCUGCAGUAGUCACAGAUAUUCAGCAUUUCCAGCUCCAAAUGGCUCCGAUCAGGAGUGAUGGAAAUGUAACACCCUGGUAAAUGUGCUAAUUGCUGCCCCAUAUCCAGCGCGAUGCAGGUUUCGGUCAAGCAGUGCCUGAACAUCCUUCUAAACUAGUUGGCACUGAGUUUGAAAGAGAGAUUAGAUUUGAAAAAAGAAGUAAACAUUUUCACUGGCCUCCAUGCUGCUUUCUAUUGUUUACUGAUCCUGUUUAGAGCCGUGUACACCCCUCUUGUCUACUGGCAGUGGGAAAGGAGUCUAUUUCCUUUUGCUGCAUUUAAAUAACAAUCCUGCAUAUGUGUUAAUUUUGGUGGAAAAUGGGUUUUAAGUUCUUAAUUCUGAUAUUCUGCAUCAGACGUACACAGGAGCUUCAAAUCUUUUUCUUAAAUUAGAACUCAGCAAGUGAUCGAGGCCGAGUUGAGUAGAAAAUACCCCGUGAUGUCCUUACCUCGUGUAGCGACUUGCUCUGGCACUUAAAAAAAACGAGACCAGCCGAUUCUGUACGCUGACUGACUGCUUUAUCGUGUACAUGUUCAUCUUUCAAAACUUCACUGCAAUGAAUCAUUCACAGUUAUUCAAAUGGACUUAGCUUUGCUCUACUUACUGUAUUAUAUAUUGAAAUAAUAACCAGUAACGACAUUAACGUACAGUUUCAUCAACAUCUGUCUCAUACAGUAACGUCUACUAGAAUCCGUCGCACAUACGCAUGCAUUACGAUAUGUAUCAGCUACUGAGUUGAGUGGUUACAGUACUGUACUGUGGUGUACUUUGUCGUAUGAUACUGAGAAUGUCCUCUUGCUUAUUUGCACCUGUGUUUUCUGUCUGAAUCAAGUCUUUUAAUCUCCAUUAGGCUUCUAGCACCUUAAAGUUGCUGUGAAACACAAGUUAGAGCAUCUUUAACUUUUAUAAUGCAACAUUUUAUUUUCGCAAAGUGGAGUAUUUGGGCAGGUACAGUCACCAGACAGAUUUGAUCAAGUCCUGGAUCACUUAAAGAAGUGUGUGGACGAGACGAACAGGGAUCUGCCACCUCCUUCACCUGCCUUACCUGCUGGUAGAUCAGGAGGAGAAUGAGGGAUAAAUAUAUAAAUCGGUUGCUUACUAAAUGAUGUCGCUCUGCUAGAUGUCAAGUGUGGCUUUAAAGGAUGGAUAGGGAAAGCAGUUACCCCGAACUCCAUUUGUGUAGAUAAAUGUAGAAUGUAGAUGUGCCUAAGUUCAAGAUGAGCCGCCAAAAAAAGGUUUCUUAUUUCUGACUUUAGUUGACAAAUACUAACAGUUAAUUGAACAUUUGAACGCAGGAGACCCUGGGUUACAACAUUUAUUUUGUUUUGUUCAGCCUUUAAAUGCAUUAAUGCAGUUUGAGAACUGCAGUUUAUUAAUUUCCUCAUGAAAUGAGAGCUGUUCUUGCACCAGAGUAUAACGUGACUGAUGUUGUAAUAUUACUCAUUGUAUCAGACUUUGUAUUGUGCCUUGUGUCCGUGCUGUAAAGUCUUUUUCUGAGUCAAUUAUUUUUUGUUUAUGGUAAAUAACAGACAAUUAUACAGAUGUUAAAGGACCAGUGUGUAGGAUUUAGAGGAAUCUAUCGGCAGAAAUAUAAUAUAACAUUCUUAACUGUGUUUUCAUCAGUGUAUAAUCACGUGAAUCUAAGAAUCGUUGUGGUUUUUUUUACGCUUAGAAUGAGCCCUACACAUGAGCAGCUCCUCUUUCACAGAGAUCACCAUGUUGCGCCACCAUGUUUCUACAGUAGCCCAGAGGAGACAAACCAAACACUGGCUCUAGAUAGAGCCAUUCAUGUUUGACGUUUCCUGAAAUAAUUAUGAUAAAUGAUAUUCUUGUCACUUUGAGACCAUUUUUUGCCACUGAUAUGUUGUUAUAAUUGGAAUUGAACCUUGGCUAAGUCCCGCCCCAGGACGCAGACCGGCCAAUCAUAACUUAGCACCGGGCUGGCUCAGACCAAGGUCCGACAACCACACAGCUGUGCUCCAACUCCAUAAUCCAGGAUCCAGGAGGUUUGCUGGUGGCUUUGGUGGAGGAUGAAGUUUUUGGAGAGUAAAGUCCAAAACACACUGGCGGCGUCACAUGAUGGCGGCGUCAUUGAUGAGAGUCAAGUGCCGCCCCCAACACACACAAAGCGUCGCGCUGUGGGGCGUCAACCGGAAUUCUCUUGCACACUCCACUCCGCUAGGUGGCGGUAAUGUGACUAGCUGGUUGCCAACCGCCAAUUAGAACAAAAGAUGAGGAAGAAGAUGCAGGAAGAGAAAGAAAACUCACAAUGCAGGACGACCACGAUAACCAGACAAUGACGGUACAAGUGUGAGUUGCUUAUUAUAGUUGUCUAUAUGUUAUUAAUGACUAAUGAAUAAAUAAUUGAACACUAAAUGAAUAAUCUGAGCAUUGAGAUUAUGUUUUGAAAGCAGCAGAUCAACCAAUGUAGUUGGUAGGCUAACGAUAGAUGGAAAACAAUAGAUGGCGCCAAAGUUCUGCUCUUCAACAGAGCUGCUACUACGGGAGCUGGGAAGUACAAAAUAGGCUUUUCUAUAAACAAGAAGUGCUUUUUCAAGGGCAGCGAUGCUGCAAAAUAGGACAAUAGUGAGAAGCGCUGCGGCAUGUUAUGUUGACGCAUAUUGACACCGCAGGUGUGGGUUUGUAAAUAGAGAAUAAUGGGGCGUCUGUUUUGACACUCGUCAUAUGGCGCCGGUGUGUUUUGGCUUUAAUACUUCAAACAAUGAAUCUUUUGGUUUGUUGCCAGGGGUUGGCAAGCUAACGUCUAUCAGGACUGAGUCUUCCACUCCGAAAGGGCAGCUGCCGGCUACUGGUAAGUUGUGUUGUGUUGUCUUUAAAUUGUUGUGUUGCAGUUUGCGACCUCUCCACUAGAUGCCGCUAAAUUCUACACACUGCUCCUUUAAGUUGAUGUGAGAUAUCGCCAAACCUUGCAGCUAGAUCUGUUUAUGUUCUUUAACUCGCAGGGCUGCAUACAUGAAUGCAGAGUCUGGCUGAAGGAAACGGACAACACAAUUACUAUGAAUAGAACUAGAAAGGGAAAUGGUGCUUUUUAUUUACACAUAUUUUUGUUUAAUCGGUUGCAAAUAGGAACGGUCGGAUCUAAUUACCAGCCGGAGUGAUUGAAUGUGAUGAUAUGUGAAUAAGCUGUUUAGUUAAUGUCUGGAUUUGUAAAAAUAGGUCAGCCCAUUAAACAGAAGCACUUGAUUAUCUUAUUUAUCUGCCUAUCAGUUCAUUGUUAUCCACAUUGUCCACAUGUUUCAGGUUCUGUGCGCAAAUGACUGUUAAUUGUCUUGUGUCAUUUUCUUCAGCAUCACAUUUCAAUAAAACUAAGAUAAGAGUA